AGUCAGUGUUAACUGUGCUUUCUCUCCACAGAUGCUGCCAGACCUGCUGAGUUUCUCCAGCACUUUCAGAUUUUGCAUCAUAAUAUCUAUGAUUUGUUAAGGGCAGGCUAGUAAUGACCAAAUGGCCCACUCUUGCUGGUAUUUCUUCUGUUCUGAUGCUAACAUUUGGAGUGUUUGUCCGGAGUGCAGUGGAGGUUAGGUCAUUGACCAACAAUAACAGCUCACCUGUUUGGGAUGAAAGGUUUAUCUUUUGAAGAAAGAUGAUCAAGGUGUGCCUAGUCGUAUUGAAGUUGCAAUGAAGAAAUAAGAAAUCUACAAGAAGGUGAAUGAAAAAUGGCAUCUGCCCCACAUAACUUUUCCUGGAUUGAACCCAAAAAGCUGGCUGGGAUGGCAAUGCCACGAUUACCUGCUCACUACCAGUAUUUAUAUGAUAAUGGCAUUAAACACCUUGUCACGCUCAGUGAGAGGAAGCCACCAUACCACGAUACUUGUCCAGGAUUGAAGAUCCAUCAUAUAAAGAUCGAUGAUUUUUGUCCACCCUCUUUUGAACAGAUCAAAAGAUUUCUUGCUGUUGUUGAGGAAGCCAGUGCAAAGGGCGAGGGAGUUGGAGUCCACUGUCUUCAUGGCUUUGGGAGAACUGGAACGAUGCUUGCUUGUUAUCUUGUAAAAAGUAAGAAAAUAACAGGAGUAGACGCAAUUGCAGAAAUACGAAGGAUUCGUCGUGGUUCUAUAGAAACCCAUGAACAAGAAAAAUCAGUUGUACAAUUCCAUCAACGUACAAAAUAAGUAAAUUUCAAUUAUUACCAUUGUACAAAUGGUCUAUUAAGAUUUUUCCACAAGGGUAACUAUUUCCAAGCUUUUUUAGUUCAAUUGAUGGCCAGUACAGGACACUUUUUUUUUGUUUAAAACGAUAAAGCAAGUCUUGCCAUUCUGGUAUGCUUUACUUAUGUCCACUGUUACAAAAUCAUUUUUUUGUUCGUAUCCUGCUCAGUUUAAUCACAUUAUUGUGUAUUUUGGUGCAUUAGUUUGAUUAGAACUUGUUUUCUGUUACAAUUUAUAUGCCAAGAUAUAAUUCACUAUUUUAGUUUGAUACUCUAACCUAUAAUGCUGCAAUAUUCUACAUUGUGCUCAGGACGUUGUGCAUUUUAAGAUUUGUGAUGAAUGAAUAAAUAGCUGUGCCACCUC